AUGGCGGUGCGGCUCCUCCUGCUCGCGCCGGCGCUGGCCUCCUCCGUGGCCGUCUACCCGCUUCAGGGGCUAGGCGAUCGGGACGCGUCGUCCUUGGACCCAAGGAGCAGCAGGGUGUCGCAGUCUAUGUGCCUCGGCAGGAUCGAUCCUGUCAGGGUCGACACGCUCCUGGGCCGCUGCGCGGCGUGCCGGCUGCACGGCGCGGACGCUCCUCGCUUGUACAUCAAGGAGGGCGUAGACGGUCUCGGCUCCAGGCUUCACGACAUCAUCGCCGGCAUGGCCAUGGCAAACCACGCGCAGCUGGCCCUGGGCGGGGUCGUCUACGGGCGCAAGGUCUGCCAGGAGUCGCACGGCCUCCACGUCCUGCAGGCCGCGGGCUCCUUCUUCGGCAUCGGCGACCCGCGUCUGAUGUUUGUGCAGCACGGCGGCCCGGCAUUCAACCAGAGCUAUCCCAGAUAUGUUUCGUUGGAGAGGGGUGUCGCGAAAUUCGGACGCCCCAAGCCCAACUCGUCCAUCUUCCUCCCGGGCCACUGCCUCGCGUGCGAGCUGGACCAACGUGGAAACGCGUCGUGGUGGUACACCCCCAAUGGGCUCGGCGGACUUCUGCGCGCGCUGCGGGAGUCUUUCGUUUGGACGAGGCCGCUGGCAUUCAAGACGGGCGUCCCGUCGAUCGCCAUCCACGUCAGGCGCGGCGACGUGGAACUGAACAAGUCCGCAGCCUCAGGCCCGCAGGCCGGGAACAACUGGGAUAUGAGGGGUGUCAGCGACGAGUGGUAUUUCAGCCUCAUCGCGCAGGUCUUGAGUGCGCACGUGCCCGGCGCGGAUCUGCAUGUCUUCAGCUCCUUGGAGGGGCACUGGAACAGCUCAGAUUUCGACGGCUAUCGCGCGCGGGGCGCCACCGUCCACCUGGACGGCGACCCCAUGGAGGUGUGGGCUCAUUUUGCCGCCGCCGACGUGCUCGUCAUGGCCAAGAGCAGCUUCUCCCAGGUGCCCGCGCUCCUGAACGACAACUGCGUGAUCUACCAGCCGUACAUGCACCUGCCGCUGGACGGCUGGGUGUCUGCUCAGGCGAACGACGCGCAGCCGCUCGACACCGAGGCCGCGGAGAAGCUGGGGCGUUGCGUCGCGAGCAAGAUGGGCAAGAAGGCUGAGCCUGCGCUGGAGGCGGCGUAG